CCGCGUGCGGCACGGCGGCGCGGGGCGCAGGGAGCAGUUGCGCACGCGCAGCGAUAGAGGCGGGAGGCUCUUCCGCGGCCGGCUUGCGACCCAAUAAUGUAAAUCAAAUUCAUCUUUACGCUUAAUGAAUAGUGCAGUGGGGUCCGUGACCAAGUUCUACCAUCGCAAUGGAGUGCUACACAUCAGAUAGCUGCGACAGUGACAGCAGGGAGCAGAAAACUCUUGAUCUAUCGAGCAGAGUUCUCGACUCAAUAACUAUAUCGGCCGAACUGCAGUGUAUUAUCGAUGAAAAAGAUUGUGCGGAAAAUUACGAGAUCAUUCUUCUUUACAGCAACCGAAUUAAAGCGCUGCCUGAGACUAUAAACAGGUUCUGCAACUUAAAAAUUCUCGAUGUUAGCAACAACAGAUUGGCGAUACUCCCAGACUUGCUCAAAAACUGUCCACUGACAUCACUCAUUGCCAAACACAACCAGCUCACCAACGAGUCGCUGCCCAAAAGUUUUUUUUCUACAAGAAACACAUUGAGAGAACUGAAUUUAAGCGGAAAUCGACUGAAUUUCUUUCCAGAACAAGUGUUAGAUUUAAAUUCACUUAAAUACCUAUAUUUAGGUGGUAACAAGAUAGUCAACAUACCAAAGGAUAUAUGGAAAUUAAACAGCCUGCAAAUACUUUCAAUUGGAGGCAAUCAAAUCAUUGAGGUGCCGGAGUCAGUUGGAGCGUUGACGUCACUCCAGGCGCUAGUCCUGAGUGACAACUUCAUCGAGCAGCUGCCAGCUAGUAUUGCCAACCUUAAACAGCUGCGCUCCCUGUUAAUCCACAAGAAUAAACUUAAGACUCUGCCGCCGCAAAUAAUCAAACUAAAAUGUUUGACCGAGUUGAGUCUUCGAGAUAACCCUCUGGUAGUGAGGUUCGUGAAAGACAUGACGUUGCAGCCGCCAUCAUUGUUGGAGCUCGCGGGUCGGAAUAUCAAACUAUAUGAGAUACCGAUAAGAGUUGGCGAAGUACCUUUGACGUUGAUCAAAUAUUUAAAAGCAGCGGAACGUUGCGUUAAUCCAAAGUGCAAAGGUGUUUUCUUCGAUAAUCGCGUGGAGCACAUCAAAUUUGUCGAUUUCUGCGGCAAAUAUCGCAUACCUCUGCUCCAAUACUUAUGCAGCUCAAAAUGUAUCACUGGAAGCUGGGAAAGUCGUGAAAUAGAUAGCAACACCAAUACUCAUAUGAUGCGUAAAGUUCUACUCGGAUAAAACAUUUAGCAAAUCAAUAUAUUGUCAUGGCUAUGAAAUGUGCCUUUCUAUUUUAAAAAAAUCUUGAGAGAAAAUUAUGUUAU